AUGAAGAGUUAUUUUUCUCUUGUGGUGGCUUCCCUUCUGGCACGGCAUGUUUUUGCCGGCGACGACGAGUGGCUGAGCCCCGUGUAUAAGCAAAUCUUUGAAAAGCCUCUCCCCUUCCCUCCAGAGAAGAGUCCAAAAGCGACUUAUUACAACGCAACAACGGGCCAGAGCAUCGAUUAUUAUGAGAUCGACAUUAAGCCAUUCGAGCAGCAGGUCUACCCAGGCCUCAAGCCAGCUAAGCUCGUGGGCUAUGAUGGCGUGUCGCCGGGGCCAACUUUCCGCAUGGAGAGAGGCCGAGAGGCUGUUGUUCGGUUCAGGAACCAUGGUGACAAGGAUAUCUCCGUCCACCUACACGGCUCAUACAGCCGUGCACCCUUCGAUGGUUGGGCAGAGGACGUGACUAAGCCUGGGCAGUAUAAGGACUACUGGUAUCACGACCACGCCAUCCACCACACGGCCGAAAACGCCUACUUCGGCCAGGCGGGAUUCUACAUCCUCCAUGACCAAGCUGAGGACGCUCUGAAAUUACCCUCCGGCAGGUACGAUUUGCCUUUGGCGCUGGCAUCUAAGCAGUACAACAAAGAUGGCACCUUAUUCAGCCCCGCCAGCGAGACUGUUUCUCUCUACGGCGACGUCAUUCAUGUCAACGGGGAGCCUUGGCCAUACUUCAAGGUCGAACCGCGCAAGUACCGUCUUAGAUGGCUGGACACUUCCAUUAGCCGGGCUUUCAAGCUCACCUUCGACGAUCCAAGCAACAAGAAGAUCCCUUUCCAUGUCAUUGCCUCGGAUGCCGGACUCAUGACGAAGCCCGUACAGAGCGACAACCUGGAGAUCGCCAUGGCUGAGCGCUGGGAGAUCGUAAUCGACUUCAGCAACUACAAAGGCAAGAACAUUACUGUCAAGAACGCACGCGACGUGCAGGCCGAUGAGGACUACAACAGCUCGAACAAGGUCAUGCGGUUUGUGGUCGGCAGUGAAGUCACCAGUCAGGAUGGCAACGGCAAUCUACCCUCGUCCCUUCGAGCUGUUCCAUUCCCACCUACAAAGAGUGGUGUCGAUCGCCACUUCAAGUUCGAGCGCAGCAACGGCAUGUGGAUGGUAAAUGGUGUCACCUUCUCCGAUGUCAAGAACCGCAUCCUUGCUAAGCCUGAGCGCGGCAAGGUUGAGAUUUGGGAGCUUGAGAAUAGCAGCGGUGGCUGGUCUCAUCCGGUUCACAUCCACCUUGUCGACUUCCAGAUUCUCUCGCGGUCCGGUGGCCGCUCAGUCCUUCCGUACGAGAAGGAAGCCCUGAAGGAUGUCGUCCUGCUUGGCAAAUCAGAAACCGUACGAGUCAUCGCUCGAUACGCGCCAUAUGACGGCGUGUACAUGUUCCACUGCCACAACCUCAUCCAUGAGGACCACGACAUGAUGGCUGCGUUCAAUGUUACCAGCCUCGCGGACUGGGGAUAUCCCGAGACGACCAAGUUCAUCGACCCCAUGGAAGAGAAGUAUCGAUCCAAGGAUGAGAACGACCACGACUUCGAACCAGAACACAUCCAAGAGCGCCUGUACGACUUCUAUAUGAUGGACGCGUACGAUGACCCAGAAGGCCUCGAGAAGGCGCUCGAGUCGUACUGGGCCAAUGGACCGCCGAAGACCACGCUGGCGACAAGUACGCGGGCUUCCGCUACGUCUGCGGCUAGGGUAGCCUCGUCGGCGAUUACGAAGGCGCCCACGAGCACAAGCACGAAGAAGAAUGACGAUAACAAGAAGACGACCACGAAGAAGAGGAACUAAUGAUGUUACGAAAUUUUUUUGACUAGCUCGGAAAAGGGUACAUAUGAGGCGUUCUGAUACUGUCUUGGAAAUAUUAUUCUACUCUAUUUUGGAAGGGUAUAGAUGGCGUACGGGUCUGUCGCUAACGACUGGCGUAAAGCUUUAAUUU